AUGGCGAUGCAGUUAGAUCUAUCGCAGGCUCAGUUCCUGAAGGAUGAGUCCGGUCGACCUUUUAUCGUGGUCCGAGAUCAAGGCAGCAAGAAGCGCACACAUGGCACCGAAGCCGUAAAACAACACAUCAUCGCUGCGAGGACAGUUGCAAGUAUCGUCAGAUCAUCCCUAGGCCCACGAGGUCUCGACAAAAUCCUCAUCUCUCCUGAUGGAGACAUUCAAAUAUCCAACGACGGGCGAACCAUCAUGUCCGAAAUGGAACUCUCCAAUCCGAUUGCAAAACUGAUGGUUGAGCUGUCGAAAUCCCAAGAUGAUGAGAUUGGUGAUGGUACAACAGGUGUUGUCGUUCUGGCUGCCGCCCUGCUUGACCAAGCGGCCGAUCUGAUUGACAAGGGAAUCCAUCCCAUUCGUAUUGCAGAUGGCUACGAUCAGGCUUGCGAAAUCUCAGUUGCACACCUAGACAAGAUCAGUGAUGAGAUCACUUUCACCAAGGAGAAGCAAGAAAAUCUACUAAAGGUCGCCAAAACCAGCCUGGGAAGCAAAAUCGUCAGCAAAGCCCAUGAUCAAUUUGCGAAAAUUGCCGUUGAAGCCGUCAUGUCUGUCGCCGAUCUCGAGCGCAAAGAUGUUGACUUUGAAUUGAUCAAAGUCGAUGGAAAGGCGGGUGGCUCCAUCGAAGACUCGCUUCUUGUAAAGGGCGUCAUUGUCGACAAAGACUUUUCCCACCCACAGAUGCCUAGCGAAGUCAAGGAUGCUAAACUCGCCAUUCUGACAUGUGCCUUUGAACCUCCCAAGCCUAAAACGAAACAUAAGCUCGAUAUCUCUUCGGUUGAAGAAUUUAAGAAGCUUCAACAAUACGAAAAGACAAAGUUCAUCGAGAUGAUUGAUUUGAUCAAGGCGACCGGCGCCAACCUUGUCAUCUGUCAAUGGGGAUUUGAUGACGAAGCAAACCAUCUGCUGCUACAGAAUAAACUUCCUGCUGUACGAUGGGUAGGUGGUCCCGAGAUUGAAUUGAUUGCAAUCGCGACCAAUGGUAGAAUCGUACCUCGUUUUGAAGACCUAAGCAAGGAGAAGCUCGGUAAAGCUGGUAUUGUGAGAGAAAUGACAUUCGGCACGACACGCGAAAAGAUGCUAGUCAUUGAGGAAUGCGCCAACACAAGAGCGGUCACCGUGUUCGUCCGCGGUAGCAAUAAAAUGAUCAUUGAUGAAGCCAAGCGAUCACUCCACGAUGCCCUCUGUGUCGUGCGAAAUCUUGUGAGGGACAACCGAGUCGUGUACGGUGGUGGUGCUGCAGAGAUUGCAUGUUCUUUGGCUGUGGAGGAUGCCGCUUCCAAAACUCCCGGCCUUGAGCAAUAUGCCAUGCGAGCAUUCGCAGAUGCACUUGAUGCUAUACCUAUGGCUCUAGCAGAAAAUUCAGGGUUAAGUCCCAUUGAAACAUUAGCAGACGUCAAGUCGCGGCAAUUGAAGGAGCAGAAUUCUCGACUCGGCGUCGAUUGCAUGGGAACAGGCAACAAUGAUAUGCGUGACAACUUCGUCAUUGAUCCUCUGAUUGGAAAACGACAACAACUUCUCCUGGCCACCCAGUUAUGUCGAAUGGUUCUCAAGAUCAACAACGUGAUUGUUGCGGGAGGCGACGAGAACGAGUUUUAG